UAAAAAAAUGUUUUUAGAUUGUACAGUACGCGAUGUGCAUCCUGCGACGCCGUUUUCUCGAAGAAUGAUUUUGUUAUGCGAGCCAAAACUAAAAUGUUUCAUCUUGAAUGUUUCCGAUGUUCUGUCUGCAGUCGUCAUCUAGUACCUGGAGACGAGUUUGCACUUCAUGGAACGGGUUUACUAUGUAGAGAAGAUCAUGAAAUGGUUGACCGGGAGGAUAAUAAUAAUCUUACAAUCAAAACAGAAUUUCAAGAUAACUUUAGAGAUAAUUUGAGUGAGAAUGGAAGAGAUGAGGAUGGGUUCAGAGAAGAUCUUAGUAGCUUAGAUGUAAAGAGUGAAACUGAAACCAUCCGAGCAGAAUCACCGGACUCGUCCCGCGGGGAUUCAAGCAGACAGGACAGAAUAGAAGGACUGGAGGACAGGGGGGCCACGGGGACGUCCGAUCCUUUCUCCCCCUCUCCACCCUCUCGAGGGCGAGGUCGGGGGCCGGGGAAAGGUCGCUCCAAUAGGGGCAGGACGGUUCUUACCGAAAAGCAACGCACCAUCCUGACAGCAUGUUUCCAGCAUAAUCCUAAACCCGACGCUUUACUCAAGGAACAGCUGGUUGAAAUGACCGGGUUGAACGCUAGAGUAAUUCGAGUUUGGUUUCAAAAUCGGCGCUGCAAAGAACACAAGCGGGUGAAGGCUGAAGUGCUCAUAUCAAGAAAGGAUCAUCAAAAAAUUGGAUACGGUUCUAUGAACGGAAUUCAAAUGAUCGCUACAUCUCCAGUUCGGCAGGACUCUCCUGUAGAUAUGUCUGGAGUUGAUAUCUCUGGGUUUCAUCCCCCCUGGCACUCCAUGCAGGAGUUUCAGCUAAGAAUGGAGAAUCCUAAUCUACAAAACCAGCAUUUUAAUCCAAGCCUUGGACAGAUUCCUGGGUUUGAUUGUCCGAAUCCAGAAAUGUUUCCACACAAUCCAUAUCCUGACUUUCCACCUCGCCCCCCUUGCUUUCUGGAAAGACCACCAGAUGUACAUUCAUUCCCAGGAGAUGGGUCACCUAUCAACGAAUUUGCUGACAGGAGCGGGUUGACUUCCUAUCCUCAAGACAGAUCGGAAAAAUAUUUAUCCGAACGUAGACGUCCCUUUUCCGAGCUUCAUCCUCCUCUAGAACGUGGCAGACCAUUCUCCGAGCCCCAAAACUCGGAAGAAUACUCGCCAUAUAUGAACGAGAACGAAGAGAAGAGUUAAUUUGAAUUUAAAAUAUUAGUCAAGUUCAUAGAUUACAUAUGCAUAGAUAUAAAGGCAGAUAGAAAUCUCCUGCCUAUACGGUUUGUAGCAGACAACUCAUAUUUCUCGCUCUCAAAAAAAGGUGAAAUAGGAGACAUCUACUGCCUAUUGAGUACUUUCUAUAUUCCAUUCUCUUCCUGCUGCCACUGUAUUAAAAAUAAUCAUUACAAAUUCUAUACCUUAAGUUUUACUAUCAGACUUCGGUUAAAGGGACCGUUCACUUAUUCGGGUAAUUCGAGGCUAAACUAAACAGCCUAUUCGCUUUAGGUAGAUGCAUAUAAAAUACAUUGCAUUGUUUCAUACCAAACCAAAAGAUAAAACAUUUUUUAAAAACAUAAAAAGAUAUACCACAAAUACAUUUUUAUGAGAAAAAAAAAAAA